GCCGCGUGUUUGCGUGUCUGUCGGUACGUUCGCGUUCGUCGGCUCUUUCGCCCGCCGGUUCAAUCGUUCGGGUCGAGUGCUCACUCGUAUCACUGGGACACAGUUUAGUUGUGAAAACUCUUUGAACAUUAUCACGUGAAAGUUAAAGCCGGCAAAGUUGCUGUACUGUGCUCAGGAUUAGAUUCCUGAGUCCACGGACAUUGGAUUGUAAGAAAGAGUUUGGUGCCCCAGCGCGCGGCGGCAUGAAGGGCGAAGCGCUGCGCCUGGCGCGGCUAGCGUUCUUCCUACUACAAUGCUCAUGUGUUUUAAGUCGGAUCGCCUUCGAGAAGUUAACGGACGUUGACUUCACGGGCACGGCGUACUACACGGUGCGGAAUCUGUCUCUCUACGAGUGCCAGGGGUGGUGUCGAGAGGAGCCUGACUGCCAAGCAGCCUCUUUCAGUUUCGUGCUAAAUCCGCUGACUCCGGUGCAAGAGACGCGGUGCCUGCUUCAGAAUGACACUCAAGCUAACAACCCCAUGGCCACGCCGCAGCGUUCAGUGAACACAUACUACAUGGUAAAGCUGCAAGUGCGUACGGAGAGCGUGUGCCUGCGGCCGUGGGCGUUCGAGCGCGUCCCGGGCAAGUCUCUGCGGGGCCUGGACAACACCAUCAUUUACACCUCCACCAAGGAGGCCUGCCUCGCUGCCUGUCUAAACGAGAAACGGUUUUCGUGUCGGUCUGCGGAGUAUGAGUACGGCAGCAUGAGAUGCGCCCUCAGCGACUCUGACCGCCGCACGGCUCAACAUUUUGUGCAACUGGUAGAUACGCCUGGGACAGACUAUUUUGAGAAUCUGUGCCUGAAGGCGUCUCAGGCGUGCAAGGGGCAGCGAGUGUUCACAGCGCCCAGGGUCGGCGUAGCGGAGGACAAAGUUGCACAGUACGCGGGACUGCAUUAUUACACCGACAAAGAACUACAGGUGACAUCAGAAAGUGGUUGUCGUCUCGCCUGCGAGAUCGAAUCGGAAUUCUUGUGCCGAUCGUACCUUUACCUGGGUGCUCCUCAUUCCACCACUUAUAACUGCAGACUGUACCAUCUCGAUCAUCAUACCCUACCUGAUGGGCCGUCAGCAUAUUUGAACACGGAACGGCCUCUCAUCGACGAUGGAGAACCAAUCGGAAAAUACUUCGAGAACUUCUGUGAGAAGCCUCCAAGCAACGCGAACCCGCCGGGAGAGCUGCCUGUCACCAUCGACCAUCAGCAGGAUACCAACGCGUCCAGCAAUCUCACCAGGAACGAUGCCAACUGCGAUAAGACGGGAACCUGUUACGAUGUGUCAGUCCAUUGCAAGGAUACCAGGAUCGCCAUACAAGUCCGCACUAACAAGCCGUUCAAUGGACGUAUUUAUGCUCUGGGAAGGUCGGAAACCUGUAACAUCGAUGUAGUCAACAGCGACCUCUUCCGCCUCGACCUCACAAUGGCUGGCCAGGACUGUAAUACGCAGAGUGUUACUGGCGUUUAUUCUAACACAGUGGUGUUACAACACCACAGCGUCGUGAUGACAAAGGCUGAUAAAAUCUACAAAGUGAAAUGCACAUACGACAUGAGCUCGAAGAACAUUACCUUCGGAAUGGUGCCAAUCAGAGAUCCUGAGAUGAUUUCCAUUACGGCGUCGCCAGAGGCUCCUCCUCCAAGGAUUAGAAUCCUGGAUGCUCGUCAACGCGAAGUGGAAACUGUGCGCAUCGGAGAUCGUCUCACCUUCCGAAUUGAGAUUCCAGAUGACACUCCUUACGGCAUCUUCGCGCGCAGCUGUGUCGCUAUGGCCAAAGACUCCAAGAGCACAUUCCAAAUCAUCGAUGAUGAAGGAUGUCCUGUGGAUCCAUCAAUAUUCCCGGCGUUCUCUCCUGACGGCAACGCUUUGCAGUCCGUGUACGAAGCCUUCAGGUUCACGGAGUCCUACGGGGUCAUAUUCCAGUGUAACGUCAAGUACUGCCUUGGACAUUGCGAGCCGGCCGUUUGCGACUGGGGACGAGAAUCUUUGGAAUCAUGGGGCAGGAGGAAGCGUUCGCUGCCACAGAACGAGACCGGUGAAGCUCACUCGCAAGAGGAAGACAUGAACAUCUCCCAGGAGAUUCUGGUGCUGGACUUCGGAGACGAGCGCCAGAGUACAGACUUCUUGAGGUCCGACAAACCUGGCGGCGUGGCUUCUGAAGCCAACUACGGUGAAAAAACAGUGACGAUUGUGGAGCCCUGCCCGAGCAAGUCAUCAGUCCUGCUGCUGGGAGUGGCGUGUGCCUUACUCGUAUUAUUGUACAUCGCGACCAUCUUCUGCUAUUACAUGCGCAAGUGGCUCACCCCGCCUAAACAUAUGUCGUAGACACGAGGCCACCACACCGUCUUCAUCGCUUGUCUGCAUCGAGGAACUUGUGAUACAAAUGACUGAUUACAAAAACAUGCGCUGCCAAGCCGUCCACUAAUUUUAAGUUUACAAAUCGUGAUCAUCGAUAUCUCGUGGUGUAUCGAUACGGCCAAUGAUUUGGUAUCCAGAUAUUAUUCGUAACCACCGCGUGUUUUGCAUUUAUUUAGAAGUAAUUUGUCGCAUUUAGAAGCAUUUAUUAAUAAUAAGUAGACUAUAGUUAGUUAAAUCAACGAAAUUCCUGAUAAGGUCAACAUUUACAUCCUUAUCAGGCUAUUUAUUCCCCCUUAAUGCUGCAGUUAAAGGGUACCUACUUUAAAUUAAGAUAAUGCAUUUACUAGGAUAAGUUAUGGUCCAGUUUUGUACAAUUGUCGAGUACUCAUAAUAGUACAUUUCAAAAACAAAUGAUUUGGAAUAGUCCCUAAAAAUACACCAUGUUAAAACACUUUAUGUUUUAGAUUAAAAGUUUGAAGGGAUUAUUCUGAAUGAAUCACACAUAUGUAUUUUUACGUUCUUUAGGUCAAUUUCAUUUUCAUAUCAUUUAAAGUAGAUUAACUUCCUUAGAUUAGGUUUAGAUAGCUAUAUUACAAUAUUAAACAUUACAAAGUACGCAAAAAAAUAAUUCACUUUUUUCCUUUGUACAUAUAAUCUUUACUUUCGCUUUUACACAAAUUCAGUUUUAGAUUUUUUGAACUUUCAGUUGGGUUUUGUAGAAAUUUACACUAAGACUUUGCAUUUAUUGUACCAAGUUCAUGAAACAGUUGCAAUGAAAAAUAGUUUCUCUCAACCCAACUUGAGAUUUCUUUUUAUUUAUUUAGACUAAUUUAAUGAUUU